UGCGCUUCAAGCGAGAGAGGGGGGGCAUUCCGGAGCCGCAUUUGCGCACGCGUGUUAGUCGCUUCCGGUCGGCGGGAAAAUGGCGGCGGCGGCAGCGGGAGCGGGGCUCCGCGGCGGAGCGGCUCACGGAAACCCCGGCACCGGGGCCGUGCAACAGGGACUCAAAGAGGCGCUCUUCGAGGCGCUCAGUUCCAUUCUGUCCCCCGUGCAGGAGGUACGGGCCGCCGGCGAGGAACAGAUCAAAGUCCUGGAGGUGACAGAGGAGUUCGGUGUUCACCUGGCUGAGCUGACAGUGGAUCCACAAGGUAUUCUAGCUAUUCGGCAGCUGGCAUCUGUAAUACUCAAGCAGUACGUGGAGAAUCAUUGGUGUAAUCAAUCUGAGAAAUUCCAUCCACCAGAGACUACUGAGAGGGCAAAGGUGGCCAUCAGAGAGCUUUUACCAAACGGUCUGCGAGAGUCGAUCAGUAAAGUGCGUUCAAGUGUAGCCUAUGCUAUAUCGGCAAUAGCUUACUGGGAUUGGCCUGAGGCAUGGCCAGAGCUCUUCCAACUAUUGAUGGAGAUGCUGAUUAGCGGUGAUGUGAAUGCAGUGCACGGGGCAAUGCGAGUGCUCACAGAAUUCACCCGAGAAGUGACAGACACACAGAUGCCACUUGUGGCUCCUGUAAUUUUGCCAGAAAUGUAUAAGAUUUUUACAAUGGCUGAGGUUUAUAGUAUUCGAACUAGAGCACGUGCAGUGGAGAUCUUCACCACAUGUGCCAACCUUAUCUGUGCGAUUGAGGAGGUUGAGAAGGGUGCGGCUAAGGCAUUGAUCUUUCCUGUGGUGCAACAGUUCACAGAGGCGUUUGUACAAGCCUUGCAGAUGCCUGAUGGCCCAAGCUCAGAUAGUGGGCUGAAGAUGGAAGUUCUGAAGGCAGUUACAGCACUGGUGAAGAAUUUUCCAAAGCACAUGGUUUCGUCUAUGCAGCAGAUUUUGCCAAUUGUGUGGAGUACACUAACUGAGAGUGCAACAGUUUAUGUGAGGACAGAAGUGAACUACAUGGAAGAGGUGGAUGACCCAGUGGAUUCAGAUGGUGAGGUAUUGGGGUUUGAGAACUUGGUGUUCAAUAUUUUUGAAUUUGUACACACACUGCUGGAGAACAGGAAGUUUAAGAGCACCGUAAAGAAGGCCCUACCUGAGCUGAUCUACUACAUCAUCCUGUACAUGCAAAUCACCGAGGAGCAGAUUAAGAUUUGGACAGGAAAUCCUCAUCAGUUUGUGGAGGACGAGGAUGAUGACACCUUCUCGUAUUCUGUGCGGAUCUCUGCCCAGGAUCUCCUGCUGGCUGUUGCAAGUGACUUCCAGAGUGAGAGUGCCAUUGCCUUAGCAGCAGCUGCGACCAAACACCUGCAGGAAGCAGAACAGGCCAAGAGUGAUGGGAAUGUGCAUUGGUGGAAGAUUCAUGAGGCUUGUAUGUUGGCCCUCGGCUCUGUGAAGAACAUAAUCACUGAGAGUGUGAAGAAUGGACGGAUACAAUUUGACAUGCAUGGAUUCCUCACCAAUGUCGUCCUUGUUGAUCUCAACCUAUCGGUCUCUCCAUUCCUGUUAGGACGUGCCCUCUGGGCUGCCAGCCGCUUUGCCACUGUUAUGACUCCUGAACUGAUCCAGCAGUUUCUACAAGCAACUGUCAGUGGUUUGCAUGAAACUCAGCCACCAUCAGUGCGAAUCUCUGCUGUGCGAGCCAUCUGGGGAUACUGUGACCAGUUGAAAAUCUCUGAGUGUACACAUGUUUUACAGCCGUUUCUUCCCAGCAUCCUGGAUGGCUUGAUGCAUCUUGCCACACAGUUUAGUUCAGAGGUGCUGACCCUGGUCAUGGAGACAUUGUGUGUUGUUUGCACCGUGGACCCUGCCUUCACUAUUAGUGUCGAAAAUAAAGUCUGCCCCCUUACCAUUGCAAUCUUCCUCAAAUACAGCAACGAUCCAGUAGUGGCAUCAUUGGCACAGGACAUCUUCAAGGAGCUUGCUCAAAUUGAGGCAUGUCAGGGUCCCAUGCAGAUGAGGUUAAUUCCAACUCUUAUUAGCAUAAUGCAUGCUCCGUCUGAUAAAAUCCCCUCCGGCCUCUGUGCGACUGCCAUUGACAUACUGACAACAGUAGUGCGAAACACCAAGGUGCCACUGUCAGAGGUGCUGAUCUGUCAGGCAUUUCCUGUUGUUGCUCAGUGUACGCUGCACACAGAUGACAAUGCAACAAUGCAGAAUGGUGGUGAGUGUCUGCGAGCUUAUGUUGCUGUAGCAUUGGAGCAAAUAGCACAAUGGCAUGAUGACCAAGGCCACAAUGGGCUCUGGUACGUCAUGCAGGUGGUGAGCCAGCUUCUCGACCCCCGAACCUCUGAAUACACAGCAGCAUUUGUUGGACGACUGGUUUCUACGCUUAUUUCAAAGGCUGGUUCACAAUUAGGGGACAACCUUGAUCAGAUUCUGCGAGCAAUCCUCAGCAAAAUGCAGCAAGCAGAAACACUCAGUGUAAUGCAGUCUCUAAUAAUGGUGUUUGCACACCUCGUUCACAAUCAGCUGGAGCCUCUGCUUGAGUUUCUGUGCAGUCUGCCUGGACCCACCGGGAAACCUGCUCUGGAGUUUGUUAUGUCUGAGUGGACAAGUCGGCAGCCUCUCUUCUAUGGACAAUAUGAGGGCAAAGUCAGCACUGUAGCAAUGUGUAAACUCUUACAACAUGGCAUAAACACAGAUGACAAGAGGCUGAGGGAUAUCAUGGUGAAAGGAGAGGAAAUAUUCAAUGCUGAUGAGGGAAUACGCACUCGCUCCAAGGCAGCAAAAAAUCCAGAACGUUGGACCAACAUUCCCCUUCUUGUAAAACUCUUCAAGCUGUUGAUUGGUGAGCUGUCCAGUGUCAUGGAAGCAAACAUCUCGCGGCAAUCCACAGCAGCAGGCAACAUCCAGGUGAAUCUCUUCUGCAUCCUCUUCAGUGAAAUCACAACCUUCCUAUAGUGUGGUGAUCAGAACUGGACACAGUACUCCAGCUAUAGCCUGUCAACAGUCCUGUACAGCUUCAACACGACCUUCCUGGUCUUAUAGUCUGUGCCUCAACUGAUAAAGGUAAGUGUUCCGUGUGCUUUUUUAAUCAGCUUAUUAACCUGCCAUGCUACUUCUAGGGAGUUGGGAAUUAACAGUCCAAUGUCCCCUUGUUCCUCAGAGCUCCCUAGUGUCCUGCCAUUUGUUGAGUCCUCCCUUGACUUGUUACUACUUCUAAAGUGUAUCACCUCACAUUGAUCGCGUUAAAUUUGAUCUGCCCAUCUGACCAAUCCAUUUAUAUUCUCCAUGUUUCCUAAACUGAACUGGUCCCUUUUGCCUGCGUUUUCCCCAUAUCCCUCUGAACCUUUCCAAUCCGUAUAUCUGUCCAUAUAUCUUCUAAAUGUCAUGAUUGUACCCGCCUCCACCACUUUUUCCGGCAGCUCGUUCCAUAUAUGUACCACCUUCUUUGGUGGGGUGUGGGGCCUUCGUCACUUUCAACUAUUUGGCCAAUCUUGGUGAUAUUCACAAACUAAGUUCUUGUCAACAACCCAUUCCCCCAUUCUCAGCUACGUCAUUUAUUUGUGUGUAAAAUUGUGGAAUAUAUAUUCCACCCUGUCUGCUCUAUGCAAACCCCUUGUAAUUUUGAACGCCUGUGUCAGAUCUCCUCUCAGUCUUCCCUUCUCCAAGGGAAAUAGUCCCAACUUCUCCAGUCUACCUUUAUAACUGAAGUUGAAGUGUAAUACCAGCUGGAUGCAGCUGCCGGCAGUUCUAUCAGAUAGUUUUGGUUCAAAUUUGGUGGUGCUGUUAAAGUUCGAUAUUUGCCUCAGUAUAAUGCCAGAUACAUGUUUU